CCUAAAAGCCUAUCUUUACUUGCUUUAAAGACUCUCGGAAUCUCUUACUCGUGUAUAGAUAAAUACCAAACUUCCCUUUAACUAAAGUGUAGGCUUUUGUUUUCUCUGGCCUUCAACAACGAUUCAACUCUGAGUAUUCCAAUUUAAAAUCAAUCGCCGGCGAACUCCUCUCCUCUCUACAUCUAUACAUCGCAUUGUCGCUCUCGCCUCCUCUGUCUUGUCUACUCUCUGCUCCGCUACGUUUCUGGUUAUCCUGCCUGAUUUCAUGAUUCAGAACCGUUGUCAUGAAGAUCACUGCCUUGCUCGUUCUCAAGUGCGAUCCCGAAACUCCCGAACCAGUUAUCCUGGCCAACGUCUCCGACCUCUCACAAUUCGGAAAAUUCAAUUUCUAUCGCUCUAACUUGGAAGAGUUCAUUGUAUUCAUUGCCAGUACUGUCGCCAAACGAACCCCUCCUGGUCAGUGCCAAUCCGUCAAACACGAAGAGUAUAAAGUGCACGCUUACAACAUAAAUCCCCUCUGCGCCGUAGGAUUCAUGGACGACCAUUAUCCCGUUCGAAGUGCCUUUUCCCUUCUCAACCAGGUAUUAGAUGCGUACCGGAAGGAUUUUGGUGACACAUGGAGGUCUGCAAACUCUAGUCAGCCGUGGCCAUACUUAAAAGAAGCUUUAGAAAAAUUUCAGGACCCGGCAGAAGCUGAUAAGCUGUUGAAAAUCCAGAGGGAAUUGGAUGAGACCAAGAUUAUCCUUCAUAAAACCAUUGAUGGUGUCCUAGACCGAGGUGAAAAGCUGGACAGCUUAGUGGAGAAGAGCUCAGAGUUAAGCCUGGCAUCGAAGAUGUUUUACAAGCAAGCGAAGAAAACAAACUCUUGUUGUACACUUCUCUAAGCUGCAAUGCAACUCUUGAAUGUCCCUCUAUAUAUAGAAUGGUCUACCCUACUUGAACUGCUCUCUCUGUGCAUUUAUAUUAUCAUAUGUCAAGGAAUGUCAAGUUUUAGUUUUUCAUUUUUUGUUAAA